UCGCGUGUGAGGAGAAAGUCAAUCUGAGGUGGGGGCGGGAGUUUUUUUUAAAAAUGUAUUUAUUUACCUCACGGCGGGGCGGAUAGGGAGAAGAAAGAGGCCCCCUCAGGCGGCGGCGAGGGCAGCCCCGGAGCUGGGCCCGGCGACGGCGGCGGCUGGAAGAGGCUGAGGCGGCCGGACGGAGAGAGACUGAAAGACUGAGGGAGAGAGAGGCCGCGGAGGGGCGCCGGCUCCUGCCUCCCUCCCUCUCUCCCACCGCCGCCUCCCUCCCAUGGACACGGCGUGAGCUGUGAAGGAUCAUCGCAGAGAAUCCCUUUGAGUCCCCAUCUCCAAAGAUGGCUGACUCGGCUGGCAUUGUGGGCGAGCGUCUCAGCAGGGGCAAGCUGCCUGGUUGGAUGGGCACGAGAGAGGCCCUCUGCAGAUACCCUGCUCUCUGCCCUUGGUGGCAGCUUCCAAGAGCAGAGCCUUCUCUGCAGUGACACUCCCCCCCCCCACCAGCAGCACCCUUGUAGAAUUCCUGGCCGAAGAAAGAGGGGGCAGCAGCCAAGGAGAGAGAUCUUUGAAAGAGCACAGACCCGCCUUGGAUAUGAGUGACUCUGACGCAGAUGUGCCGCCGCCAGGGGAGGAGGAAGAGGAGGAGGAGGCACUGGCCGCAGCGGUGCUGCCGCCCCCAGGAAAUGGUGGGGUGGCGGCCCUGGGGGUCAUCACGGAAGGCGUGGGCGAGCUGGCGGUCAUUGACCCUGAGGUGGCCAAGAAGGCCUGCGAGGAGGUGCUGGAGAAGGUCAAGCUGAUGCAUUGCAUCUCUCCCGACGGGUCCAUCCAGCUGAAGGAUGGCAGCGCAGGCCCGGCUCGCCGGCCCGGCCUGGCCCUGCUGAACGGCAGCCCCGGCGAGUGCUGCGAGAUCAAGUGCCUGGACGACCCUCCGGACAAGAUCCAGGAGGAGGAGCAGCAGCACGCGCCCAACUCGGUCAAGAGCGCCCGGCGGCGCCAGAAGAACAACUCGGCCAAGCAGUCGUGGCUGCUGCGCCUGUUCGAGUCGAAACUCUUUGACAUCUCCAUGGCGAUCUCGUACCUGUACAACUCGAAGGAGCCCGGCGUGCAGGCCUACAUUGGGAACCGGCUCUUCUGCUUCCGCAACGAGGACGUGGACUUCUACCUGCCGCAGCUGCUGAACAUGUACAUCCACAUGGACGAGGACGUGGGCGACGCCAUCAAGCCCUACAUCGUCCACCGCUGCCGGCAGAGCAUCAACUUCUCCCUGCAGUGCGCCCUCCUGCUGGGCGCCUACUCCUCGGACAUGCACAUCUCCACCCAGCGCCACUCCCGUGGGACCAAGCUGCGGAAGCUCAUCCUCUCCGACGAGCUCAAGCCGGCCCACCGGAAGAGGGAGCUGCCGGCCCUCGGCCCGGCCCCCGAGGCGGGGCUCUCCCCCUCCAAAAGGACUCACCAGAGGUCCAAGUCGGACGCCACCGUCGGCAUCCACCUCAGCAGCAACCUGAAGAGGACCGCCAGCAACCCCAAAGUGGAGAACGACGACGAGGAGUUGUCAUCGAGUACGGAGAGCCUUGAUAGAUCAUUUUGCUCCCCCGUCCGCCUGGCCCCGGAGCGAGAGUUCAUCAAGUCUCUGAUGGCCAUUGGGAAACGCCUGACGACGCUGCCGACCAAAGAGCAGAAGACGCAGCGCCUCAUCUCUGAGCUCUCCCUGCUCAACCACAAGCUGCCGGCCCGUGUCUGGCUCCCCACCGCUGGGUUUGACCACCACGUGGUGCGGGUCCCACACACCCAGGCCGUCGUGCUGAACUCCAAGGACAAGGCUCCUUACCUAAUCUAUGUGGAAGUACUUGAAUGUGAAAACUUCGACACCACUAACGUCCCGGCCCGGAUCCCAGAGAACCGUAUCCGUAGCACGCGGUCCGUGGAAAACCUCCCAGAGUGCGGGAUCACGCAUGAGCAGCGAGCCAGCAGCUUCACCACUGUCCCCAACUACGACAACGAUGACGAGGCUUGGUCUGUGGACGACAUCGGGGAGCUGCAGGUGGAGCUUCCAGAGAUUCACACCAACAGCUGUGACAACAUCUCCCAGUUCUCUGUGGACAGCAUCACCAGCCAGGAGAGCAAAGAGCCCGUCUUCAUAGCUGCUGGAGAUAUCAGGAGACGCCUCUCGGAACAGCUUGCCCACACUCCAACGUCCUUCAAGAGGGACCCCGAAGACCCUUCUGCCGUCGCCCUGAAGGAGCCGUGGCAGGAGAAAGUCAGGCGGAUCCGGGAGGGCUCUCCGUACGGCCACCUCCCAAACUGGCGCCUCCUCUCUGUGAUCGUGAAAUGUGGCGAUGAUCUCCGGCAAGAGCUGCUGGCCUUCCAGGUGCUCAAACAGCUUCAGUCCAUCUGGGAGCAGGAGCGCGUCCCCCUGUGGAUCAAGCCAUACAAAAUCCUCGUCAUCUCUGCCGACAGCGGCAUGAUUGAGCCGGUGGUCAACGCCGUCUCCAUCCACCAGGUCAAGAAGCAGUCGCAGCUCUCCCUGUUGGACUACUUCCUGCAGGAGCAUGGGAACUACACUACCGAGGCCUUCCUGACCGCCCAGCGCAACUUUGUGCAGAGCUGCGCCGGCUACUGCCUGGUCUGCUACCUGCUGCAAGUCAAAGACAGGCACAAUGGCAAUAUCUUGCUGGAUGCAGACGGACACAUAAUCCACAUAGAUUUCGGGUUCAUCCUCUCCAGCUCACCCCGAAAUCUCGGCUUUGAGACAUCAGCCUUCAAACUCACCUCUGAGUUCGUCGAUGUCAUGGGAGGCUUGGAUGGCGACAUGUUCAACUAUUACAAGAUGCUGAUGCUGCAGGGCCUCAUUGCCGCUCGGAAGCACAUGGAUAAAGUCGUCCAGAUUGUGGAGAUAAUGCAACAAGGCUCCCAGCUGCCCUGUUUCCACGGCUCCAGCACCAUCCGCAACCUGAAGGAGCGAUUCCACAUGAACAUGACGGAGGAACAGCUUCAGCUCUUGAUAGAGCAGAUGGUGGACGGCAGCAUGCGCUCCAUCACCACCAAGCUCUACGACGGCUUCCAGUACCUCACCAACGGCAUCAUGUGACCGCCUGCCGCGCUCCCCAGACAUGCCGGCGAAACCGCCCGGCCCCCCCAUCCACCCCCACCACAGCCAGAGACCCUCACAAAGUCCUUGUCGGAGGGAGCUGGAUGGCGGAAGUAGGGAAGGAACCGAGGAGCUGCCUUCCUCCCGAGGCGUCUCUCGAACGCAGCGCCCCUUUUUACCGGAUUCUUUUAGACACUGAUGGGGGUCGGGGUGUAGGUUGGGGGCUUCGGAGUGGGGGAGAAGGACCUCUCGAACUAAGCUAGAGGCGCUUUACUCUCUUCCCAUGCGAAAUUUUGAAGGAUCAUGUAGGAAAGAAAACCUUGAGAUCUUUGCUUUUCUUCCCCCAAGAAAAGCAACGAGCGAAAGGACGGAGCCUUUGUUCUCUGGACGUCAGAAAGUCACACACGAAGAAGAACCAUGUUUUGCCCUUGUCCUCAUCGUCACCAUCCUUCCUCUUCCCCGGCCCCCGAAACUCGAAAAUCAUUUAUUUCAGUAUUAUACCUCGUCUUUGUCCUCUGAACUGUCACUCUCUCGCAACAAUCCCGCAAAUGUUUUAUGGGCCCAGGGAAGAACAGGAGUGGGUUGGAUGGGGUUUUUUUGGGGUGAAUGGGGAAUGGAGAGAGAGAGAGAGAGAUGGACCUAUGCAACAGCUCCGGGAAAUCAUGCAUUUCUGAGCCUCCCGUUUCCAAGACCCCCUUUUCUUCCUCACUUCUCAAAUGUCCCCCUCCCCUUCCACCCCACUUCCCAACCCAUGCAUGUUUCUUUCCGUUGGUGUGCGUGUGCGUUUCUGUCGAGACAAUUAAACUCCCCGCCAUCACCAAACCCCUGUAUUAUUUCCUGCACGAGUUUCAUGCAAAGGCGCCACCGUUUGCGAGUUGCACAAAGGCCGGUGUUUUCAUGAUUCCACACCGCUUCUCUAGAGCACAGUUUUGGGGGUGGGAAUUGGCUGCUGGUGGGGCAGGAGAGCACUCAGCCUUUGCCACCACCACCACCCUGUCCCCACAGCGGGAGUUCUGUCUUGCACCUCUUUCUACUCUCAAUAUAUAUAUAUAUUUUCUUACACCAUCCAUGGCAUGGGAAGCGUUCACUGAGCAUUUGGCAAUACUAGCUGCCGAGUUUUCUUACUGUUCCCUUAGUUCGCGUUGCGUUGAAAUCUCCUUAGCACUGCUGCAGAAAACCUCUUGCCGCUAUUCGUCCUGCCACAACCUCCUUAGAGUACGAAAACAUUUCUUUUCUUCCUGGGUGUAUUUAGUUCACUUAUUUCCCACUGGGCAGCCAAUCUCUCUCUCUCUCUCCCAUAGCCAUUUAGAGUAUUCCUCCCCCUUAAGCCUCUUCUUCUCUCCUCCCUCUUUCCCCCCUGUUUAACAAGUUGCCCCAGUUUACAGCUCCCAGCAUAGUGCAGCCAAGACGGUGCCUGCUCCUAGGGAGCCCCACGCCUCUAUGGUUCCCAAGGGUCAGUGUUCCCUUCUUUGGCCGAGUUUCGCCCUCCUGCCCAGUCCUCUGGGUCUUAGACAGUGCCUUCUUCUCCAUCGCUCGCGGUCGCAAACACGCUGGGAUCUGGCACCAACUUCGAAAGCAGCCAUCAUUGAACCUGGGAGGUGUCGCAAAUGAUCGCUGGGACACAGCUCCCUGGAGACAUGAAUGGGUUUUUUUUGCAAUAUGAAUUUUAGAAACAGGUGUGUGUGUGUGUAGAGUGGAGCUGUCCUUUGCCCCCUUCCCCCUUUAAAAAAAGAAAAGUUAUGUGGUUCUGUUGCGGGAGGAAAGCGAGCCCAUUUCCAUGUAUUCAAAUAUGAAAUUCUGCUUUUUGGGGGGGGGCGGGAGGCAAUGCCAUGUGAAUGUGGGGGACGUGCAUUUGUGUGUCCGAUACCUCAUUGCGUGAGGUUUUUGUGUUGUUGGGUUUUUUUUUGCUUUUCCUUCCCUGUCCAAUCUUUUGGCUGGCCUCUUCCCCCAAAUCUCCUUUCCCGCAUAUGAUUUCCCCAUGCUAUACCAAGUGUGUGUACAUAGCACUUAAAAUCAUGUCGUACUUAAAAAAAAAAAGAGCAAAGAAAUAUUUUUUAUUUUUUACAAGAGACCCUAUAUUGAGCGGAAGGGAGCUUGGAAAUUGCUGCAUAAAAUGCAAAGAGGUAGCAGACAUUCCUUUUCUCUGUAUAAAAAAUGUGUGCGCUGUUUUUAAAUGUGCAGGUUCACCGAGCCCUUUUUUUUUAAUUUAAAAAAAUAAAAAGAUUAAAAGGGGGGUGGGCGGGGGAGCUGUCAGUCUUGAUGCAGCAAGCUGCGUUAUCGCAGGCAUCUGUUCAGAAACAUCUGGACAGGGGCGGGGGGAGAUGGCAGCAUCAGGUCUGCAAGGGGCGGGUGAUUUAACAAGUCUCUUCCCCCACCCCAGUAAGCCCAUGCUCAGGUGUGUGUUUGUGUGUGAAUUCCUCCCCCCCCUCCAGCGGCAAAUUCUACUUACACCUUCUGUUUACAAAGUUUUUGGUGGUCCUCGCAGCAGAGCAGCUUGUCAUUCUCUUGCCCCCCCCCCCACAUUUUUAAAAUCUGAACUAAGGUAACAAGAAACACAUCACAAUCUCAAAAAGAGUCUUUCAUGAUGGACGCUGUCUGCUUUCAUCUGUCGCAUCUGUCAGUUCCUUCUUGUUAGAUAACCCCCCCUUUUUUAGGUAGUGAGCUUCACAGUCAUCCUCAGCCACUCUCUGGCAGGGGGAGAACACCUUGGGGGGGGGGACAGGGCAAGGAAGUGUGCACCUUUUAAAAAACCUGCAUCCACACGCAAAAGCAGAAAUGGGGAGGAAUUUUUAUUUUUUUGGUACCCUCCUAACCUUACAAUCGUACAGGUUUUGGGCAGCGUUGACUGAAAAGUGAUGCAUUAUGAAUGUCUUUGUGAAAAGCACAGUUUUAAAAGAGCGAGAAAUUUAGCAGUGUUUUGUCGUAACAAUGGCUACAUAAAUUCCUCUUCCCCUUGCCAGUUCCUGCGGGGAACUUACGAGCUGCUACGCCUUCUCUGUGCCCAGAAGCCUCCGGGUGACUGUAGCAGCUUUGAUUUCUGCGACGCCGCCUGCUGCGUGCAGCGCCUUUUUUGGAGCCUCGUGGAUGACUUCCUGCAGCAACAGAGAAGGCGACGAGCGUGCGGGGAAACGGAUGGCAAGAGGAGUGGGUCGGGAGCAGCUGUCAAAAGCAGUCACUACUACAGUCACCGGGAGACUUCCGGGCACCCAGUGGCUAACGGGUGCUCGCACGAACCAGUUUAUUGAGAUCCCAAAUUGGGGGUUAUUUCUCCCAGCACCCUCUUGAUUUGAAUUAUCUCAACGAGGGAUUUGGGGGCGGGUAGCAGGAAGCCACAGGUCUGAAUUAUAGCUGAACUGGGCUGUCAGCAAAUGAGACAGGCUUCUCUGCCAGCAAGGGUCGAGAGGCUUAUCACUGUUCAUAACACCAACCCUACAAAAGUGGGGGAGAGCUGUAGGAAGAGGGUAAGCCAUUAACAAGCAAGGAAGCAAGCAGUCUCUCUUAAAAUGCAUUACAGGUUUCAUUUUACACAUGCGCGCCCCGCCAGCCGGUUAAAAGUCCUCCCCCAUUUUCAGGAGAGUUGCUGAUGGCUUCCAAAAACGUUUGUGCAUGACCAUUUUGUGUGUGCGUGCGUUUUUCCCCCCUCUUUUCUUUUCCUUCCUUCAUUCUUUCCCUAGUUGGUAAGGAUGGGCCAAAACUCCAAAAUAAAAAUCUAUGAAAUGAACUUACAUUUCUAAUAAAAAUGUCCUUUUUUAAUAAA